UUGCUGAUCUGCGGGUAGUUGUCGCGUAGACAGCAGACGAAGAACUUCACGCUAAUAUGAUCUUUGACUUUUCUAAAUUUAUUACUUUUGAUAAAAUUCUUUACGUAUAUGAAUGUCAACGGCUCAGCGAUGAUGGAAGCGGACUUUUCACGGGGUGACGAAAAAAUGGAAACAACAAAUCCUCUUAGAGAAGUCCCAGAUGGGGAAAAGGAAAAUCGAAACUCCUGUGGGGCGCCCCAUGGAGUUGGGGCAGUGGACGGGAACCACUCUGAAGAUAUAGACAUAUGUGAGAAAAAGAAGAAACGAAGGAGGCGACCAAAGGGUGGUAUGAAACAUAAGAAAUACAAACCAUAUGACAAAUUAAGUUGGAGUGAAAGACGGGAUCUGGAAGAAAAGGAGGCCGUUCGAGCUAACCAGAAAAGGGAAGAUGCAUUUAAACACGGACACCCAGUUGCACCGUAUAAUACCACCCAAUAUUUGAUGGAGGAUCACAUUAAAAAUGAGGAAAUUAAUCCAGAUUUGCAUUUAGAAGGACACUGCCAUAGAAUUAAUUCUAGAGAGUCGCGGGAAGGUUCCGGUGGGGGCACUGAUUCUUCCGAAGAAUCUUUUACUUCUACAGAAGAUGAGGAAAUUGAAAAUGACAGUUCUUAUCAGGAACAUCAGUUCACAGAGACAUAUGAUAAUAUGGCAGCAGAAAGAUUAAGAAAUAUGAGCAAAGAUGAAUUAAUCAAAGAUUAUGUUGAACUUGAAUCUAAACUUGACCGACUGGAAAAAAGAUACAGAAGACGUCAGAUGCGUUCCAAAAGUGGCGAAAGUUCGGGGUCGCUCAGUUCUGGAGGAGAGGAGUUUAUGGAUUUUGAUGAAGUGAAAAAAUUUCAAGAAGAAAACAGAAGAUUAAAAGAGGAAAAUGAACUGUUAAAAAAAGAAAUUGGAAAAUUAUCAGAUCAGGGAUCUAAUUAAAACUGAAGAUUUUGACUUGCAUUGUGAGUUAGGAAGAGACGAACUCCUCCAAGCCAAUCAAGGUGCUGAUCAUUUUUUUAUGCAUAAAUUUGUAGAUUUUCCUCGUUUGAGUACAUUUUAUCAAAUUUUUAACUAUUAACUUUAUAGUUUUUAAAAAAUGAGUUGCGGCAUUUCUUUUCUCUAAAUCAUGUAAAAUUGAAAACAAAAAUGAAUUGAACAUUUUUUUUCUAAAAAGUUGGAAAAAAAUAAAUGAAUUAAACAUUU